AUGAGCCCACUCUCCUUUCUCCGGAGUGUCUACACUCUCGACACCCUCGACACCCGGUUCACCACGUCCUCCACCUCCUCGUAUCGGACCGUCAUAGACUCACGCGGCGACUCAGGAGCGAGGGGUGCACAAAAGGAGAAGGUUUCCAGCAGGGCGUCUCCAGCAAGAUGGAAAACGCCAGAGUUCUACCUCUAUUACCUCGUCUUCGCCAUUUGCGUGCCCUUGAUGAUCUGGAUUCCAUAUACCGUGUCAAGACCUUCCGACCCGAGAUACCAUAAAUAUGAACCUUGGCUGACUCAGGGAUGGAUACUUGGCCGGAAGAUUGACAAUACCGAUGCGCAGUAUUAUAACUUUCGAAAGAACAUCCCGUACAUGACGCUCCUCCUCAUUUUCCAUCCUCUCUGCAGAAAAGCAUGGAACAAGUUCUACCGCCCCCUGCCUCCGGGCAAGACGCCGCUCGACACAGCAGAAGCCAGGCUCGAGCAGCGCGCUUCCUUCGACUACGCCUUUGCUUUGGUCUUCCUGGCCGCUCUCCAUGGAUUCUCCAUGUUCAAGGUGCUGGCGAUUCUAUAUCUCAAUUAUAACAUGGCGACGAACCUACCGAGGAGCUGGGUCCCCACCGCGACGUGGGUGUUCAAUAUUGGUGUAUUGUUCGCCAACGAGUUGUGCGACGGCUACAGCUAUAGAGACGCUGCGGCCCUGCUGUCGGGCACCUCGCCAUAUCUAGUGAGGACAUCGCCCGUGGAGGGCACGCUGAUGGCCUGGGGCGCCUGGAUGGACAGCUGGGGCGGCAUCAUGUCGCGGUGGGAGAUCUUGUUCAACAUCACGGUUCUCCGGCUGAUCAGCUUCAAUAUGGAUUACUAUUGGAGUCUGAAUUACCGGAGCGCAAGCCCCAUCGAGAAGAAACAACUCGACCCCACGGCCCUCUCGGAGCGUGACCGGGUCAACAUACCGGCGGCUGCUCGCGAUUUCACGUUUCGAAACUACCUCGCCUACGCCGUAUACGCACCGCUCUACCUUACAGGGCCCAUUCUCACCUUCAACGACUACAUCUCUCAGCUGCGGUUCCGGCCGCUCAGUAUCGAAACACCACGCACGGCACGGUAUGCUGUGCGCUUCCUCCUCUGUCUGCUCUGCAUGGAAGCUCUACUGCACACCGUCUACGUCGGGGCCAUCACCAAGGCCGGCCCAGACUGGGCGUCGUACACCCCUGCGCAGCUGAGCCUGCUUAGCUAUCACAACCUCAUCAUCAUCUGGCUGAAGCUGCUCAUCCCGUGGCGGCUCUUCCGGCUGUGGUCGCUCCUGGACGGGAUCGACCCGCCCGAGAACAUGGUGCGCUGCGUGAGCGACAACUUCAGUGUCCUGUCCUUCUGGCGAGGGUGGCACCGCAGUUACAACAAGUGGCUGGUGCGAUACCUCUGGAUCCCGCUGGGCGGCGCCGACUUCCGAACGGCCGCCUCGGCUGUGAAGUCCGCGAUCAAGUAUCUCAUGAUCUUCACAUUUGUCGCACUAUGGCACGAUAUCAAGCUCAGGCUGCUGCUGUGGGCGUGGCUGAUCGUGCUGUUCAUCCUCCCCGAGGUCCUCGCGAACCUGGCGUUCCCCAGGCGGAAUUUUGAGGGGAGGGAGACGCAGUACCGGAUGCUAUGCUGUGUGGGCGCCGUGGGGAACAUCCUCAUGCUGAUGGCUGGUAACCUUGUGGGCUUCGCGUUUGGGCUCGAUGGGUUACAAAGCAUUGUGAGGGGGAUCUUCCAAGACUUUUCCGGUGUCAUGUUCUUCAUCACGGCAUGUGCAACGCUUUUUGUAGGUGUUCAGGUCAUGUUUGAGAUUAGAGAAUCGGAGCGGAGGAAGGGUGUGAACCUGAAAUGUUGA